UGUUUCAUGUGUGUCUCCUCCGGCGAUCUCGCGAGGCGAUCGGUGUUCUUCUACGCGGAUCUCGUCAAAUCCUGCACGAAAUCGAGGGAUCUUGCAGAGGGCCGGCGCAUCCACUCGCGGAUUCUCCACAGCGAUCAUAGGCGCAGCCUCUACCUCGCCAAUCUCUUGCUCGACAUGUAUGGCAAGUGUGGCAGCCUCGAAGAUGCGCAGCAGCUCUUCCACAGCAUUCGCAGCCCAAAUCUCAUCUCUCACAACAUCAUGCUCGCGUCGUUAGCACGAAACGGGUGCUUGGAUCAAGCCAAGAGUUUCUUCGAAUCCAUGGCUCAUCCCAACGAAGUCUCGUGCACAACAAUGAUAAACGCUUACUCACAGAAUGGUCAGCUCCAAAACGCAAAGCUAACCUUUGAUGGAAUGAAAGGAAGAAAAGUUGUAUCGUGGAGCUCAAUGCUUUACGCAUAUUCCCAAAGCGGGCAUUUGGAGGAGGCCAAGACUACGUUUGAUAAGAUGCCGCAAGGAAACGUUAUAACGUGGUCAACGUUAAUGCAAGCCUACGCGUUUUCUGGAGAUGUUGAAAAGUCAAAGAAAGUGUUUGAUAAAAUGCCGGAGCCUAAUGUCGUCUCUUGGACUACUAUGCUCCAAACUUAUGCCCAUUCUGGGCAUUUAGAGCUUGCAAAGUUAACUUUUGAAAGAAUGCCUGAAAGAAACGAAGUGUCUUGGAACGCUUUAGCGGCCGCGUAUGGAGAAAAAGGUGAUGCAAAACGGUCAAAGGAGAUGUUUGUGAGAAUGGCAAAGUGGGAUUUGAUAUCUUGGGCGAGCUUCUUGCACGCUCUUGCCGAGAAUGGCGAUUUGGAGCAAGCAAAAUUGGUGUUUGACGUGAUGCCACAGCGAAGUGUCAUGUCGUGGACGUCUCUAAUGCUGGCUUACGGGAAGAACGCGAGGAUUCUAGAAGCGAAAGCGAUGCUCGAUCGAAUGAGCAAGCACAGCACCAUGUCGUGGAACACAAUGCUGAUUGCCUACGCUCAAAAUGGUUGCCUAGAAAAAGCAAGAGAGAUGUUUGAUCGUUGUCUAGAGAAGAACACAGUCUCAUGGAAUGCGAUGGUCACGGCCUACACUCAAGCUGGAAACUUAGUCCUCGCAAGAGAACUGUUUGCUGCGAUGCCAAACCGGUGUAACGUGUCGUGGACUUCUCUCGUCCGGGGCUACAUCCAAAAUGGUCGUUUGGAAGAAGCGAAGUUUGUCUUUGAGAAAAUGCCCAGCGUGGAUUCCAUGGCUUGCAAUACAAUUCUGGGAGCUUACGCUCAAGUUGGUCACGUCCAAGGCACCGAGCAGGUGUUUCAAAAAAUCCCCGAGAAGAAUCACGUAGCGUGGAGCUCGCUGGUGGCCGCUCACGCUCACGCCGGACAUGCAAGAGCCGCCUUAGCGAGCUUUCAAACUAUGGAGCUCGAAGGCCUGGAAGUCGAUGAGAUAUCUUUUAUUUGCGUUCUCUAUGGUUGCAGCCAUGGUGGAUUGCUAGAGCAAGGCUGGGAGCUCUUCACGUCGAUGAGCAGUGACCACGGGAUCCAGCCUCUCAAAGAUCACUACUGGCUGAUGAUCGAUCUCCUGGGACGGUCUGGAAAGCUCGGAGCUGCGCUAGAGCUCGUCGAAACCAUGCCUUAUCGUCCAGACUUUGCGGCCUGGGGGAGCUUGCUGGGAGCUUGCAAGAUCCAUCUCGACGUGAAACGAGCAUCGUACGCGGCCGAGAAAGUCCUGGAGCUCGAGCCAAGCAAUGGAGGAACUUACGUUCUUCUCUCCAACAUCUUUGGAAAGCUUGGGAUGCACGACGAGGCCGAGAGAGUGAGAGGAUUGAUGAACGAACGAGGCGUGAAGAAGCAAGCUGGAGAGAGCUUGCUGAGGCUGGAGGAUGGAUCCGUGCACAGGUUUGUGAGUGGUGAUCGUUCGCAUCAUCCUCGAUUCGAGAAGAUAAUCCGACUUAACUCGCUUCUAAAGGACGCAUGCUACGAUCCAGAUACCAAGGAAGUUCUAGAAGAUGAAUUCGAUCUCUUAUCUACGCAAUGAGGCAGCUCAUAGUCGAUGAAGAACUUGCGAGAACUUCUGCGGUGAGAUCGGAUCCAUCAACUGGAUCAUCAACUUAGAGUAUUAUAUUAUCGAGUUGUGCUAGUUUCCUUCGUAUUUUACAAGCAUGGAAAAAAGUUUCGCUAGAAACUUGACAACAGUCACAAAGACAUGAUGAGACUGUGAAGCUCUUAUAAGAUUAAACUCUUGGCCUUGUGUAUCCUUGUCUUGGUCGCCAAUUUCUUCCAUGUAGUCUUCGUGAUUUUGCUGCUCCCACAGGCGUCUCUUCUCCAGGAUUUGUUCGGGCGUGAACAAAACUUUCCACUUCUCAAUUCCCUUCCUUCGUCUCGCCAUUAGUUCUUCCACAGUAAAGUAGCCUUCCAUCUUUCCUUUAAUCAAACCACAAU